AUAUCAACGACUCUUGUAAAUCCUGUGAUUUUUAUCCUUUAUCUUUCAUACUUUCUAUAACCUUUACGCAACUCAAGGCUUUUACUAUAUAUUUUGCGGUUUAUAUUAACCAUAUAUCUUUUACGGUUGAAAUGGAUGAUGUGAUGGAUGAUUCUCUUAUAAUCGACCAUAAUAUUGGAUAUAGUAAUGACUUUUAUCUUCAUAACCCAGAAUAUACUGAGAAUUUUUGUAACUUUCAAAACAAAUCUGGCUCUUAUGUUCGGUUUUUUCAAGGUUCUUAUGAUCAAAAUUUCCAAAUUUCGCAUGAAUCCUUCAACUUACAUCCUUGUAAUCAGUCAUUUCAAGAAGACAUGUCAUUUCAAAAAUACACAAUACAUACAAGAUCUUUGCAAUAA